GGAAUCUGCCACCUGAAACGCGAGGAAGUGAAGGCGACUCAAUUCGGUAUAAAGCAUCAACCACAUCUGCCUCGAGCUUUGUAAACAUCAGUUCAGAGCUCUGGUAGACGUUUGCUGUAUUUUCUCGAGGAAUUAUUAUUGUUCACGAAGGAAGUGCCAUCUAUAAUAGACCCAUUCAAUUUGAAUGACCUAUCUAACAUUAUACUGGAAUUAAGUAAUAUUGACAGACCUUCUUGCGCACCUGUUACCUUAACGGAGCGCAAGACGAUGAUACCACCGGGAGACUGCAUGUAUGCGGGCAGGAAAAGAAGGAAGCCCGUUCAAAAACAGAAACCAGCCACGGUGAGUGAGAAGUCCAACCCGUCCAAAAGGCAUCGGGACCGCCUGAACGCGGAGCUGGACCGACUAGCCAGUAUGCUGCCCUUCUCCCCAGACAUCAUCUCCAAGCUGGAUAAACUGUCUGUGCUGCGCCUCAGUGUCAGCUACCUGCGGGUCAAGAGCUUCUUCACAAUGAAUCAUGAGAAGCCGUCCAGCAGAAAACAUAUCAGUCCAUCCACCAACCCCCUCCCCGAGCCCAGAAAAGACAGCCUGCCUAUGGCUAUGGGCAACAGCAUCACAGAGAGUGGGCUCCUUCUGGAGUCCCUGACUGGCUUUGCGCUGGUGGUGAGCAGUGAUGGAAUGGUCUUCUAUGCCUCCUCCACCAUCGUUGACUACUUGGGCUUCCAUCAGACGGACGUGAUGCACCAGAACGUCUUUGAUUAUAUCCACGUGGAUGACCGGCAGGAGUUCAGAAAACAGCUCCACUGGGCCAUGAACCCCAGCCAGCACGGCUCGUCCCAGGACCACCAUUCAGCCGCAGAAACUGGAGAGGACUUUGUGGUGAGCAGCCUGUUCCAUUCUCAGGAGGCGGGGGGAGUUGCUCCUGAGUUCUCCUCCUUCCUCAACCGCUGUUUCAUCUCUCGCGUACGCUGCCUGCUGGACAGCACCUCUGGCUUUCUGACCAUGCAGUUCCAGGGGCGGCUCAAGUUCCUCCAGGGCCAGAAGAAGAAGUCGGGUUCGGGGGCCCUGCUACCCCCCCAGCUGGCCCUGUUCUGUGUGGCCGUGCCUCUUCUGCUGCCCUCCAUCACAGAGAUGAAGAUGAAGGGCAUGAUGAUGAGGGGCAAGCAGAAGAGCGGAGGGGGCAUCAUCACUGCACUAGAUCAUGGUGAGAGAGAGCAGCACUUCAGGAGGCACGCUGGCAGUGUGGCGAUGGUGGAUGGCGGGGACCCGCUGCUCCUCAACUGCACCAACCCUGGGGGGUCCCAGCAGCGCCUCAAGUACAAGUCGGAGGGGGGCUACUACGGCCAGGACGAGCCCCUCAACUACUGCAAGACCUCUAUGGAGGGCGUCCCCCACCACAAAGGUCCAGGCCCGGACUCCCCGUGGCCCAUGCGGCCUGCCUCAGGGACCGUCCGGGCUGGGCAGAGUGGCGGCUACAUCCUCUCGAAUCGACUCGGGAAGGCGGGCCACUAUGGCAAGCCCUACCGCAUGUCCCCCAGCAUGUGUCAUGGAGGAGGGCGAGGUGGUGAGGUUUACGUGCCCAAGAUGUACGGGAGCCUCCAGAGCCCAGACGGCUCGGACCCCUACUGCUUGGGAGAGGCGGUGAAGAGUGAGAACGGCUACGGCGAGUGCUACGAUGGCCGCCUGCUGCCCGAGAUGCCCAUCAAGGUGGAGCAGGACUCUGACUCGGAGAACGGCUGCGACGCCUACGGCCGUCCGUGGACGUGCCGGGAGCCCGUAGAUCGUCGCUACGGCAACGGCUACGGCGACAACAAUGGACUUCAGAUGAAGUCGGAGGCGGACUACUACGAGCAGUACUCGCCGUGCCAGCGGGGCAAGGCAGGUAUCAGCCCCAUCAGUCCGCCCUACAACAACGGCCACUUCCAGAACUAUAAUAAUGUAGGGGGCGGCAGGCCCUUGAAGAGUGUGAUCAACAAGGACCAGUCCCAGUUCAGUCCCCAGAGGCUCUCCCACUCAGACCCCCUAUGUAGCAGCCAGAGCAUCAACUGCAUGGACGUGUAUGCAAGCGGCCCCGUGGAUCACAACAAGGGAUACAUGCAGCAGGACUACAAGCUGAGCUACGAGUUCAAAGGUCAUGGACUGCUCCACGCCAUAAAGCGGGAGCCCAUGGACUCACCCCCGUGGUCGGACGGCAGCAGCAACGACAUGAGUCAUGCCAUGGGGCACUCUCAGAGGAACGUUAUGCCCCACUGUGUGAUGAACGCUGGGCAGCACAAAGCCAACCCCUAUGUUUAUAUGCAAUAGACGUACAUCCAUCCCAUACUUCCUCAUUCACCAGCAUAACACAUUGGCAGAAGACAUUCAGGAUAUGGCUCAGGUUUAAAGACUAAGUGUUGAGACAAUCAAAGAAAGGAAUGGAUUUUGUUUUGAUGAAUGGAAGAAAUUGUAGUUAUUAUCCUAAGCACUUUUGAUUUAGUGAUGCAAAUAUUUCUAGUCACAUUUCUGUUUGUGUUUUGUGUUGUCUACACUUGACUUCUCUGGUAGGCUGUUUAAAAUUGUGAUGGUAAACUGUAUAAAAUGUACACAUUCGUAAUGGGUGAUACAGGAUUGUGUUACAGUGAGUGUAUCUGGAGUGAAUUUGCUAUUAUGUAAAUAUUUGACCAGAAAUUAUUUUCUGUCUAGAAGGUUUACCCAAAGAGGGUCAUGCAUGCUCUUUUUAGUCAGGUUUUGUAAAUCAAUUGAAGGAUCAUUUGAACAUGGUACGCAUUAGUCUGAAUACACUAUAUAUACAAAAGUAUACGGACAUCCCUUCAAAUUAGUGGAUUCGGCUAGUUCAGCCA